GCCUGAACUUUGGCUCAAAUCAUUUGUAGCUGCCUCAGUCGACUUAAUCCGUUUUCCGAGCGUGUUCAAACAUGACUGUUUCCUAUACCGCCGAGGUAGCAACGUGCCGUCGCUUUGGCUGCUUCUGGAAGCUGCUGGGCAGAUGGCGUGCAAGCAUUUACAAGCUAAUUUGGGCUGAUCUGCUGGUGUUCCUGAUUGCCUUCUAUGCCACGGCUUUCUUGUAUCGGUACGGCCUGUACGGAAAGGGCAAACGCAUUUUUGAAGACAUUGUGGAUUAUUGCCGCAGCUACGCUGCCCUGAUACCGCUCUCCUUUGUACUGGGCUUCUACGUGGCCAUCAUUGUGGAGCGCUGGUGGAAUCAGUACAUCACCGUGCCCUGGCCGGAUCCACUGGCCGUCUAUGUGAGCGCCUUGGUGCGUGGCCAGGACGAGCAUGGCCGACUGAUGCGUCGCACCAUCAUGCGCUACGUGUGCCUCUCGCUGACCAUGGUGCUCACCAUGAUAUCGCCGGGCAUCAAGCGGCGCUUUCCCACCUACGACUUCUUCAUAACCACGGGCCUGCUCAACCAUAACGAGGCACUCAUCAUCACCAAAAUGGACGAAAAGUUUCCGAAGCACUCCAAGUACUGGAUGCCCCUCAUGUGGGCCUCCAGCGUCAUGACGCGCGCCCGCAAGGAGGGCCGCAUCUGGGAUGACUUCUCGCUCAAGUCCAUGAUCGACGAGCUGAACAAGUUCCGGGCGGGCUGCAAUAUGCUCACCCACUACGACAUGAUCAGUGUGCCGCUGGUCUACACCCAGGUGGUGACUCUGGCUGUCUACGCGUAUUUCGUGGCCGCCAUUUUCGGGAACCAGUACAUCGGGAAGAUGGAAAGCAACAUUGUUAACUUUUAUUUUCCCCUGCUUAGCACGCUGGAGUUUUUUUUCUUUAUGGGCUGGCUGAAGGUGGCUGAGACACUGAUUUGCCCAUUCGGCGACGACGACGACGACUUUGAGCUCAACUGGGUAAUCGAUCGCAAUCUGCAGGUCAGCUAUCUGAUCGUGGACGAGAUGCACAACGACCAUCCAACCCUGGUGCGAGAUCAAUACUGGGACGAGGUCUUCCCCAACGAGCUGCCAUAUGCCGAUGAGUCGCAACGUCAGAAUCCACCCGAGGCAUCAACCGCCAAACUGGACCUGUCCAAGAUAACAUCUUCACAGCUGAACAAGCGCACUGAGAGCGAUACGAGCGAGCGCGACUUUACGGAAUUCGAUGCCGAGGAUGAGUCGGUCAAGAGCAGCGAGCUGCGCAUUAAGUUCGCUUCGCUUCGUUUCAACAUUCAUCGCAGCUCGUCGUCCAUUUCCAUGCUCGACAAUGACCCGAGCAUUGAUCAGCCGGAGGCGGAGGGCGAAGGCGAUGAGGAGGAGACUUUUUACGAGUCGGAUCAAUUGCUGUCGCGUGGCACGAGCAAAGACGACUUCGACCGGUUGCGCGAAGAGCGGGAGCGCGAACGCCAUGCCCGGCAAUUGCAGCAUGCAGCCAUGACCUUUGACCUGCUCAAAGGCGAACUGAAAAACCUGCCCGACUCAGCCAAUCCAUCGGAUAAUGAGCUACCCCCCGAAAACCCACCCAAUGACAAUAUUCCAUAUCCUUCUGCUGAUCACGAAGCUCAAACUGAGAAGAGCUAUAUGCAUAAAAUGAAGGACCAGUAACAAUAAACAAACAAUAAA